AUGAGAUUCAUCAUUAUUGGUUCACUUCUUGUCACGGCCGUCAUCGCUGCACCGACCAUGUCUCCGAGUUUUGCGCUGAUGCCCAAGUUCUUAAAAGAGGCGAAACCGGAAGCGCAACAAGAGUUCAUGGCGAUUGUAACGGAUGAAAGCCUCACCAUCAACGAGCUCGAGGAAAAACUGAAUGCAUGGGCUGCGAAACAAGGCGGAGAUGUUGAGAAGGAUUAUAAAAUGCUUGAAGAAACUGCAAAGAAGGAUGCAGAUGAGCUGAAUGAUGCCGCAGAAAGUUCAUCAUCGCUUUCUCAAGCGGCUAAAGAUGCUUUCAAGCACAUCGACGAAAUUGCGGCCGAUCAAAAUCAAACCGUUACGCAGCUAAUCAAAACAAUUGCCAACUAUUGUGAAAAUCUCCCCGUAUCUGUUCUUGAGGAAGUAAUGAAUUUCGUAGGGGACAAAAUGAAUUUCUUAGGUUAUGAUGAUGAUGAAUAA